AUGGCUUCACCAACCAAGUUGUCGUUCAACUCGUCGCGCUCUCCCCGAGCAUCACCUUUCCGCCGUCCCGACUCGGACGGACUCUUGCGCUCUCCUUCAACAGUCCGCGAUCGAUCCGAGUCGCCUACCAAACCGCUGUCCCCCUCUCUGUCGCCUGAGAAAUCUAAUCCAUUUGUACGACGACCUUCACAGUUGACGACCGGCGAUCGUCCAAGGAGUCCCUUUGCCCGUCCAACUAGCCGCCUCAGUAUUGCAGAGUCCUCGUCAAGGCCCACAUCUUCUGGCUCUCUCGCUCCUCCUAUCUCUUUCUCCCGCCAUGCUUCACAAGCCUCAGUAGAUGAGGAACAGUCCGCUCCUCCGUCACCUUCACCCGCCGCCCGUAUUGAAGAGUCACCUAUGCCGGGAGAUGGGNGCAUUCCCAUCAUCGCCUCGGGUCCCUUCGUCACCUUCGCCGCUUAUUGUACCAAGCUCGUCCGCUGUUGCACCGUCAUCGCCGCUGGGUCCUCGCUCGCCUGUCUUAUCUCCAUCUGCCUCUCGACCUAUGCGACCCACCGCNCCAGCGUACUGUCACCUCGUCUACUCAGGCUACUAUCCGAGCACCCAUAUUUGACAGACCGACCUCUCGCGAUUCUACUACAAGUGCUGCCCCGAGACCUAGCGUUAUCAGCCNGACCGAGUUAUACCUCCCGACCAAGUUUCACCGCCCCCUCCUCGGUCCCUGUCCAGAUGGCCACUGGCCAGUACUCUCACCUCCCGCAAUCCCUGCUACGAAGCAUGCGCGAGUCGUUCGAAGUCUUGGACAACUCUAACACAGGCGCCAUCACCUCUGCCAGCGUGGCCGAUAUGUUGCAGCAGAUGGGUAUGGACUCUUCCCCCAAGGCUGUCGCUUCUUUCUUCCCCCCGGGUACUCCCUCUUCAAUAUCUCUUGGUCGGUUCCUGGACUUAUUAUCAGCUCCACUGGCUGAGCUCAGCGAACCGUCGGAGCUUGCCGCCGCAUUCGCUGCUUUCGACGUUGAUGACAGUGGUCAGAUCGACAAGCAUGAACUACGGGAUGCGCUACUCAACACCGCUCCAGAGCCGGGUUCUGAAAAUGUCAGGUUGUCCGAGCAUGAAAUCGACGCCAUUAUGAGCCAGUUCUCAGCAAGGAGGGCAUUCGGCGCCAAAGGCGUCUUCGGCAAGGAGUUGGCUGGCGGCGAUAGAAAGAGAGGCGAGGUCUUCCGAUACAGAGACUUCAUCUCAAACAUCUCGGGCAGUGGAGGAGCUGAGGGUGCCGAGCAGGUUGCGGUCUAA